AUGGCCGAGACGGAACAAGCUCCGGCAACCAAACCAGAAGGAACUGCACCCGAAACGAAACCGAAGGCAUCAGCUGAACCCGAGGCAGAAAAGAAGGAAGCCACGACCGAACAACCGUCGGAGAAACCAGCCGUGCCCCAGUACAGAUCCAUUGUGCUCGGAUCGUUUGGCGGCUCAAAACAUUUGCGAUCAGAGCUGACAGAUCAGCGCAAACCGGAUAAAAAUGAGGUCGAGGUUGAAGUUGAGGCAUGGUGA